ACUGCGGGAAAACUAGGGAAGAAGCCCAGGCGUUCAUGGCUCAUUGCGUCCCGCUCUACCUCGGUGGUUCGUGGGGAGCGACCUCCGGGAAGCGUCCAAAGUGGAGUUCCCACACACGCUGCGAACCCACGGCCGGUUUUCUCUGAACCCGCGUCCUUGAGUCUGGGGGGUGGAGGCGGAGAAAAGGGUGCGGAGCGACCCCACGCAGGGCCGCCGCCCUCCCACUAGCGCGUCCUGCCGCGCCGGCCGCCACAGGCUGGCAUCGCAGCUGCCGCCCCGCCCUCGUCCCUCCACCCCCUGCACGGGACUGCUGGCCCCGCCCCGCCCCGCCUGCAGGUGAAGCGGCCGCAGCCGCCGAGUAGGUGCGUGGGGAUGAUCUCACUCGCGCGCUCCGCGCCAGGAGGAGGAGGAGCGGGAGCGGAUCCAACUUCCGGGUAGUGGAGCCGCAAGCCACCGGCAUCUUGCUUUUUCUUCCCCCUCCUCCUGUGUGCCCCGCGCCGCUCCUUCUUUCCCUUUUAUUCCCGGCCCCACCCGCCAAAAUGAACAGCUCGGACGAAGAGAAGCAGCUGCAGCUCAUCACCAGUCUGAAGGAGCAAGCAAUAGGCGAAUAUGAAGACCUUAGAGCAGAGAACCAGAAAACAAAGGAGAAGUGUGACAAAAUUAGGCAAGAACGAGAUGAAGCCGUUAAAAAACUGGAAGAAUUUCAGAAAAUUUCUCACAUGGUCAUAGAGGAAGUUAAUUUCAUGCAGAACCAUCUUGAAAUAGAGAAGACUUGUCGAGAAAGUGCUGAAGCUUUGGCAACAAAGCUAAAUAAAGAAAAUAAAACAUUGAAAAGAAUCAGCAUGUUGUACAUGGCCAAGCUGGGACCAGAUGUAAUAACUGAAGAGAUAAACAUUGAUGAUGAAGAUUCAACUACGGACACAGACGGUGCCGCCGAGACUUGUGUCUCAGUACAGUGUCAGAAGCAAAUUAAAGAACUUCGAGAUCAAAUCGUAUCUGUUCAGGAGGAAAAGAAGAUUUUAGCCAUUGAGCUGGAAAAUCUCAAGAGCAAACUCGUAGAAGUAAUUGAAGAAGUAAAUAAAGUUAAACAAGAAAAGGCUGUUUUAAAUUCAGAAGUUCUUGAACAGAGAAAAGUCUUAGAAAAAUGCAAUAGAGUGUCCAUGUUAGCUGUAGAAGAGUAUGAGGAGAUGCAAGUAAACCUGGAGCUGGAGAAGGACCUUCGAAAGAAAGCAGAGUCAUUUGCACAAGAGAUGUUCAUUGAGCAAAAUAAGCUAAAGAGACAAAGCCACCUUCUGCUGCAGAGCUCCGUCCCUGAUCAGCAGCUUUUGAAAGCUUUAGAUGAAAAUGCAAAACUCACCCAGCAACUUGAAGAAGAGAGAAUUCAGCAUCAACAAAAGGUCAAAGAAUUAAAAGAGCAACUAGAAAAUGAAACACUCCACAAAGAAAUACACAACCUCAAACAGCAACUGGAGCUUCUAGAAGAAGAUAAAAAGGAACUGGAAUUGAAAUAUCAGAAUUCUGAAGAGAAAGCCAGAAAUUUAAAGCACUCUGUUGAUGAACUCCAGAAACGAGUGAACCAGUCUGAGAAUUCAGUACCUCCACCACCUCCUCCUCCACCACCACUUCCCCCUCCACCUCCCAAUCCUAUCCGAUCCCUCAUGUCCAUGAUCCGGAAACGAUCCCACCCCAGCGGCAGUGGUGCUAAGAAAGAAAAGGCAACUCAACCAGAAACACCUGAAGAAGUCACAGAUCUAAAGAGGCAAGCAGUUGAAGAGAUGAUGGAUAGAAUUAAAAAGGGAGUUCAUCUUAGACCCGUUAAUCAGACAGCCAGACCGAAGACAAAGCCAGAAUCUUCGAAAGGCUGCGAAAGUGCAGUGGAUGAACUAAAAGGAAUACUGGGGACACUUAACAAAUCCACUAGUUCAAGAAGCUUAAAAUCCCUUGACCCUGAAAACAGUGAAACUGAGUUAGAAAGGAUUUUGCGUCGCAGAAAGGUGACAGCAGAAGCAGAUAGCAGUAGUCCAACUGGGAUAUUAGCCACCUCAGAGUCCAAAUCCAUGCCAGUGUUGGGUUCUGUAUCCAGUGUAACAAAAACAGCCUUGAACAAGAAAACUCUGGAGGCAGAAUUCAACAGCCCGUCCCCCCCAACACCUGAGCCAGGUGAAGGGCCCCGUAAAUUGGAAGGAUGCACAAGUUCCAAGGUUACGUUUCAAUAAUCUGAAUCAGAAAAUACUGCAACUCCUUCCUCCUUUUGUCUGCCUUUUGUUCUCCAAAAGUAAGUGGAAAUUACAUUUCCAAGAAAGGAAAUGAAAUAAUUGCAGGCCCAAGGUCUGCAAAAUGUGUGUUGAAUUGACAGUGAAAAGGAUCCGUGUGUUGACAGACACAGUUGUUAGAUGCCAUAAAGGCGGAUGUGAAGCUCAAUUUAUUUCUCAUCUUGCUUGUUCAAUGACUGCUUAAGAGACACAUUCCAAUUUAAUUUAUCUACUUAAAGCUCUAAUACAAAUACUGUGGACUGCUGUAUUAACUUUUAAACUUUGAAACCUAAUGCUCGAUUAUUCGGUUCUUGACAUUCUUUAGCUAAAUAAAAUAACUGAUGCCGUGUAUUUUCAUAUUGACAGUAAUUUAUCAAAUAAGAGCACCUUUCUGGAAAAAUCUGUUUCUUAAGUAUAAUUAGACUAUCCAGAUUGAAUCUGAGAAUUCUGUGUACGUAUAGGGUAAUUAUUUACCCAGACCAGCACACUUCAUUCAUUUAUGUUUAAACCUUUUAAUGACUAAAAGAAGUUUAACUUAAUGUAGUUACAUGUAAGCUUUAACAGUUUGUAUCAUUUGUCAGAAUCCCCUGAAACUGGCCUAGCUUCCAGGAAUGAGAAGGGUUAUUUUCAGUGCUGUUUCUGGCUGGCUUUGACUUAUUAAUAAGUACUCUAUUAUACUAACCACAUUCUCUUACUUUAUAGACUUGGCCUGUCAAAGCACUUUGAAGUCGGGUCAGCAAUUAAUAAGUAAAAUAUUUCCUUUGCUUUUAAAAACUGUCUUUGCAUUCUAGUAGUUACACUUCUAUUUUUUCUGUGGCAACACCAUCGUUAGUGUUUCACGUGAGUGGCACUAUUGGCUGUUGACCUCAAUCAAGGUCAAGGGAGGAUGCCAAUGGCAGUCGGCUCUAAAUACAGACAUUACUGCCCCAACAUAUGUAUGCAUGCACUCUCUCUGUCACACACACACACACACACACACCCCAGCCCCAGCCACUCUAACUUCCCUUCCCCCUCCACUUUGGCCUUUUUGUCCCAGUACCACUUCACCCUAGGCCCUUCGCUGCCUAGUAUGGUCUUCUCUAAGCGCUGCAUGGCUUACUCCCUCGCCUCCAUGGAUGUGUUGCUCAAAUGUUAUCUUCUCUAUGAGGCCUACCCUGGCCACCCUAUUCAAAAUUGUAUCUCCUCUUCCCUUAAGCUCUGAUUCCGCCUUAUCCUACGUCAUUUCUCCCUAGAGCAGUUAUCACCUUCUAACUUACUAUAUACUUUAUUAAUUAUAUUUAUUGUUUUAUUUUUUCUCUCCCCCGCUGGAAUGUAAGCUCCAUGAGGGUAAGAAUUUUUCCUGUUUUGUCUACUGGUGUGUCUUACACACAUGGAACAAUUCCUGCCGUAUGGUAGGCUUUCAAUAAAUUCUUUUUGAAUAAAUGAAUGAGCACAUUUUCAGUAUGAAUAAAACAGUAGAAUAUCAACUACAAUACUCAAUCAGCAUUCUCCCAUUAUUCGACAGUCACAUAGGCACAUAAGCUUGAUAUUAGAGAUUUUUUGUUGGUUGGUUGUUUGAUUGGAUUAUUUGGUUUUAAAACAUUUUUUAAAUGCCUGGAAAUCACUUAUAUUCAGCUCGGUCUUGCAUAUCUUUUUUGCCAUUGUGCCUACUCCAAAUUAAGUUAUCAGAGACAACAGAAUACCCAGUUGUAAAAGAUUCACCUGUGCUCAUUUGAUUGGCCUCAGAUGGACAGGAAAGUUUGCAAAACUACCAAGAAAGGUUUUAAGUGUAAAGGUAGAGACAAAGACGUUUUCUGCAUAAGAUCGUCACUUAACCAGACAAUUAAAUAACAUCACGCUAUACCUAGAAAGUUUUUUUUCUUUUAAUAAAUUCCUAAAAUCAACAUAUGUAUAGAUUCCAUAUAAUUGAGUAACUCCUCUCUGGUAAAUUAUGAAGUCAAAGAUAUACUGAUUUAUUUCCUAGGGACCUGUAAGAAAGCAAGAAACACUUUUAAUGCUUAAUUAUAAGGAUUAAUUAAAAUUAACGUUCCUGUCACCAACAUAUGCAAAGCAAGGGUGUUUUUUUUCUGUUCUUAAGAAAAAAGAAGAAAAAGAAAGGAAAAGAUAAUCAGGACUUGGGAAAGCCUAAUUUAUUCUGUUUCUAUUUUAAUAAUAGCUUCAAAAUGUGUCCUGUUAAUUAUGUCUAAUAAGUAUAUACCAUCUAAUCCUAGUAUCUUAAAUCUCACAGUGAAUGUGAAUGUUAUAAAUUCCGAUUGGUUAUAAUUUAGAUCAGAAUUAUGCUCAUCAUGUCCCUUUAUGCUAUAAGAGGUAAAGGCCUAGCCAGGCACAUUAAGUGCAAGCCUCAUUUUUGCUUUCAUGCUCUUUCUGUUGAUUAAGAUUAAAUCUGAUAAUGUUAAAAUAUAGUAAGAUAUUUUAUUCACUAUAGUAAGAUAUUUUAUUCACUGAUUCAGGCCAAUCAAUGGGUGGGAAUCAAAGAGAGAAAAUUCUAAAUUAUAGGAUUUUUUUUUUUUUUUUUUUUUGAGAUGUAGUCUUGCUGUCACCCAGGCUGGAGUGCAGUGGCACGAUCUCGGCUCACUGCAACCUCUGCCACCCAAGUUCAAGCGAUUCUCCUGCCUCAGCCUCCCGAGUAGCUGUGAUUACAGGUGCCCACCACCAUGCCCGGCUAAUUUUUGUAGUUUUAGUAGAGACGGGGUUUCACUAUGUUGGUCAGGCUGGUCUUGAACUCCUGACCUCAGGUCAUCCACCCACCUCGGCCUCCCAAAGUGCUGGGAUUACAGGGGUGAGGCCACCAUGCCCAGCCUAAAUUAUAGAAUUUUUAAAAGAAACUCUUUUACUUUGAGACAGCUAUAAUACCUGGCAAUAGAAUAAUUAAGUGUUGCCCAGGGUCAGAAAAACAAGAAUGAUUUGUAUUUUAAUCAAUAAAAGCCUGUAGACAGGAGGGGGAGUAACAAGGAAACAAUGUGAUUUGUUUUCUAAGCCAGUGCCUGUCCGCCUAUGCACAGGGUGGCAAGCAGCAUCCAGUUAUUUCCAAGACUUGAACUCUAAAAUCAGACAGAGUAGGGUUCAGAUCCUGGGUCUGCUGUUUAGAUGUUUGUGACCCUGGGUAAGUUAUGUAAUCUAUAACUGAAUUUCCCGGUGUGUAAACUGAUGGUAGAAUGCCUGCCCUGUAGGACUGUCAUGUAAAUUAGAUCAUAUAGGAAAAGCAUUUUAAUAAAUUCCUUUCCUAUCUUAUCUUACAAUUAUAUUGCUAGGAUAAUGGAUCAUCAAGGACCAAAGCUAAGAUACUAGACCCCUGGGUUUUUGACUGGGCCAGAUGACUUGGACAAGUUGUUUAACCCCUCUGUGUUUUAUUUUCGUUUUGUUGUGUUUCUUCUUCUAAUCCAAAAUUGAGGCAAGUAGAUUACGUACUGUACAGAGUCCCUUUCAGCUUUCGAAUCCCAGUAAUUCCUAGCAAAUGUGUUCACUUGGUAAAGCUGUUCACGGUUAGGAAAAGGAGUAAGAGGCACAUAUUUCCUAGCUACGUGUCUCUCAGUGUAGUUUUUAUAGAAAAACACAAACCCAGAAAUGUAAAAUAAUUAAUUUUUAAAAUACAUCCUCAGGACUUACAAGUCCAAAUCAAAAUAACUGUUAUCUUUUAGAGUAGUACUCUUAGGGGCCAACAUACCCAUUGCAGCCCUUCACUAUUGCCCCAAAUGCAUUUAGACCUUUUUAGGUUAGAAGUACCUGAUCACAGGCCAGGCAUGGUGGCUUACACCUAUAAUCCCAGCACUUUGGGAGGCUGAGGCAAGCAGAUCACUUGAGGUCAGGAGUUCGAGACCAGCCGGGCCAACAUGGCAAAACCCUAUCUCUACUAAAAAUACAAAAAUUAGUCGGGUGUGGUGGCACAUGCCUGUAAUCCUGGCUACUUAGGAGGCUGAGGCAGGAGAAUUGCUUGAACCCAGGAGGUGGAGGUUGCAGUGAGCCGAGAUUGUGCUACUGCACUCCAGCCUGGGCCACAGAGCAAGACUCUAACUCAAAAAAAAAAAAGUACCUGAUCACAGAGAAAAUAAAUUGGGCAGUCUUUCCCACCUGUUUAUUUCGGGGUGGAGAAAAUGGGUGAGAAGAUGAGAAGAUUGCUUCAGAGCUGCUCUGCUGGUCCUCUAAGAGAAUAGUGUCAGUAUUCAUUUUGAUCAAAAGAUGACGUGACCCAUUUUCAUCACCACUGUGUUCAACAUAUGUUUCCAAAUGACUUUAGCUUUUGAAAGUGGAUGCAAUUUUUGGACAUAGCUAUCAGUUCGCCACCAUUGCAGAUGUAUGCAUUUUUUUAAUGUGACAUAGACACUUGAUAUGCCUGCCAAUCACUUUUACCGAAGAGUGUCGUGCAGUACAGUCAAGCUGAAGCUGGUUGGGGCCUAGCCUUCCUUCUUUCACCCCAGCUAGGUUGACUAGUCCCACAUUUACACAUUCUGGGAUGUUGAGUAGUGAGUAACUAGGAAAUUAAUGUUUCUGAAACAUAAGUCGAGCAAUAAAUAAGAAAACCCAGUAUACAUCAGUGUGGGUGAAAUUGCCUUCCAUUUUAAUCCUAUGUGAGAUACCUGAAACAUGUUAACUCUAUUAUCAACAGAAUGCAUAAGUCUGAUGUUCUUGGUUGAUAUAGGUAUAAUAAAAGAAAAAAGCAUUUUGGGGAGAAACGCCAAGAAACUUCCAUUCUGUGUGUGUGUGUUUUAAGUUAAUACUUCUAUCACUCUUUAUCAGUAUAUAUUCAUAAUAAAAUAAUAUCCAUCUAAGAGGAAAUGUGCUGAAAUUAUAGUAGGCAGGAUGUAUAUGUUAGCUAUAGAUGGAGGCUAUCGGUAAUGGAACCAGCAUCCAGUCUGGGGAUUGAGGGUUUUGGAAUUUGCUUCUGUGUUGUUGUUACUGUAUUUCACUAACAUUAAGCAAGGCGCUUUUGUGUAUUAUUUUAAUUCUUCCAAACCUAUAGAUUGGACAUUAUCCCCAUUUUACAGAUGAGAAAACUGAGGCUCAGUGAGAUAAACAACUUGCCCAAAAUUAUACUUCUAAUUGACAUUUAGGUCAAAUUGCACUUGAACGUUUUAAACUUUAUCUGCAACGCCAGUGCUUUUUGAACUAUGGUGUACUGCGUUUAGUGUCUUAAGAGCUUAAGGAAGGGGAAAGAAAAGAAUGACCAUAAGAUUCCUUCUAUAGGAGGUGAUGAUUCUGCAGUUAAGUUGCUUCAUUGACCCUAAGAUACUCACAUCCUGUUCCUUAGACCCUGCAUACUCAUAGGUAGUUUCAUGUCUUCCUUUUCUCAUUCUGUAAGGGUAACCUAAGCAAUUUAAAGAUCUCUUGUCAAGGGAGGAAAGUGUUACCCAGUAAAACAGAGUUCUGAAAAGGAGAGCCUAUCUGAAUUAGCAAAAAGUCUUAAAGAAUAAUUGGAAAGAAAUUAUUUUAAUCUUUUUCAUGCCAAAUGUCCAAUAAAGGGCCAUGCUUCAAAAUGAAUUUUAGAAAUUAGCCUGUCAGAAUACCAGCCUUAAGCUACUUUAGUCGUCAGCAUAAGCUCCAUUUGCACAUUUUUUAUUUUAUUGAACAUUUUAACCACGCUGAGAAAUAGUUUUUUCCCAGAAGUCAAAUACCUUGAAAAUUUCUGACCGUAAUCAUUGGAUUAGAAAGAUACUUUUACUAAAUGAUAAUAUGAUAAUAUAAAGGUGAAUCACUAUCUGUGAAUCUAGUUGAAAAACAUACAUUCUAAAGCACCAAAUACAUUUUAUUAUUGUAUCCACUUUAUUCUAUACCUUUUUAAGAGAGCUUCAUGUUUGGUCAAUUACUGGUUAACACCUCUGAGUUUGUGUUUAUCCAUUGGUCAUUAUGUUUUAGGACAUUUUUAUUAUAAAGAGAGGCAGGACACGUGGGCCUUCAGUAUGGAGAAAGAGGUAAGCAGAUCUUAAAAUGUGUCUGCAUCACAGUCAGGCAGAAGCUUAAGAGUUUCAUGUUUUCUUGCCCUCCUGCUUUUCUCCCCUGAAACCAUCUUAUCUGAAAGUGGCCCUGCUUGUCUGAAUUGAGCUUUUUCAUCCGUAUUCACACUUUUUCAAUUAAUUACUUUCAGGAAGGCGAAUAUUCUCCUAACAGUUGCAAUUAGACAAGAUAGUCAGCCUCAAAGAUGAUUUUUCAUUUUAUCUAGUUACUUCUAUAAAACCUUACUUCAAAAGGGAGAAGCCCUUCGAAAGGGAACUCCUGUUCCAUUUUAACAGUGUGGUUUGCAGUGCUUUCAUAGCUGUGACGUCUUGGUCAUUCUCAAAGAUCCUUUUAAACCACAAUUAAUUGCCAGAGAUUCUUCAAGUUAACAUUUUUCUAAUUUAUCGUGCUUCUCUUCACCCCAGGAUCCCCUCAAAACCGUAAGCUUUAUCAAGCUCUUUUCAAUUCCUUUUUAACUGCCAGACAGGCAGGCAGUUUGCUUUUUCGUUUGGGGGAGUCAAAAGAGGUUACAUGCUUCCCUAGAAGAAUUUAAAAAACAAAAACCCAUGUGGCAAUUAUAGGACUUCAGUUUCAAUAGAAAAUGUUCAUUUCCAGUGAAACCAUUUUUUUUUUAAUUUGCAUUUAAUUUCUAUGUCUGUGGUAUCUCUAAAUACAUGUGACUUUUGGCCCCACACAGAUUUAUUUUUGUAAGAGUUCAUCUUGUUUGGGCCAUUAACUGAAACCAAAGGGUAGUUGAUAAAAGAUAAAUUUUAGAUGUCUCUUGGUUCGUGUGACCAGUCAAACAUUUCCAUGAAAGAAAAAAAAUCUAAUUGCCUUUCAGGUUUUGAAUUAAAAGUAAGAUUGAUUUUUAUCAUUGUUUGACCUCUAACUGGUCUCUUCAUUCAGUAUUUCUAAUGUGAAACUAAUGUAGAAAAAUGAAAUAGGAAAGUACUGCUUUUUAAUUUACUGGAACUGGAGAAUCUGAGCUAUUUUAUUUUAUUUUGUUUACUUACUUUCUCUAAUCCUAUGAAAGAUUAUGAGCUUUUGAAAUACAUUAGCAAAUAAAAAUUGAGAUUCUUAACUUACUUCAGGGAAACUUGGCAUAAAAUUAUUCUCUCAAACUAAUUAUCUCAGCUGGAAAUUAAUUUAGUUGGCCAUGUAACCAUUCCUUAACAGAGGUUUGGGGUCACGUUUUGUUCAAAUGGAGACUAGGGAAGUUCUUUUAGUCCUGGGAUGGAAAGGAGUGGAUUUUCUUCCUGAUGGAUACUCCCACCCCCACUGUUUCCUCAUAACCUCCGCUUCUCCGCUUUCUUUCUCUUUUGUGUGUGUGUGCGUGCGUGUGUGUGUGUGUGUGUGCGUGCGCGUGUGCACAUGAGCGCCUAUCAGGGAGGGGGAGGGAGGGCGCCUUCCCUGUACUUAGUAAACAUUUGUUUCUGAGAAGAGACUACCAGCUAGCAGAAUGAACUGCAUGGACGUUACUGCUUAAUCUGAUGCUCUUAUACAAUUAAAGGAUUUGCUCUGCUCUCAACUGUAAUCUUAGUACUGCUGAAUUGUGUACUGACACUGCAGGAAACAGCUCUGUUCAGCAAAGUGCUGCUACAAAGGUUCUCCAUGUGCGCCUGUACAUGGACAAUUAAGUUUUAACAACAAAAUUAGCAGAACAACUGGAUGUUCUGGAAGUUGAGAUCCCUUCACUUCAUUUUUUUUCCUUCCCCCGCUGCCAAGGAGUUAUCCUGUGGACUGCCCGAAAGAUCCGCCUGUCAGGAUUGUCUUACAAGUGUUCUGAGUUGCUGUGCAAACAGCAACUUCCUCCAGAUUAAUUGUUGAGGAUGUAUUACACCUAGUGUAAAAAUGACUGUUAAACUGCUGUUGAGUAAAUCUCAAAAUUACUGUUAAAAUGCUGCUGAGUAAUUCUCAAUUCUCUCAAAGAAUUAAUUGCCUUCUAACAUUUGCUUCCAGUUGCAAGCACCUAUGAUUUUUAAGAGACUUUGUAUAAAAUAUACCAUUUCUGCAUAGAGAACCAAAUUGCUUUUGGUACAUUGUAGUUUUCUUAACCAUUUUUCAAUAGUCUCUACAGUGUUUAUGUUUCCUUUUAUUUGUGUAUAGUGGAGUAGAGGGGAGGUUUUUUUAUUCAAAUAGAAGAAGCUAAAACUCAAAUGCAAUGUCAGAUCUCAGAAUAAACUGACCCAAUUUCUGAAACCCAAUAAACACAUUUCAUUUGUAAUAUUCUUUAUUAUAUAGCUCUAUGAAAAGUAAUUUAUGACUUCCGAUCUUAAAAGAGAGUUUUAAAAAUACACAGUAAAUUGAAAGAAAAACUACUACAUUUAAAAAAAUGUUUUCCUGAAAACAUAGAAUGAAAAUGCAAGUAUUUUGUGCAUGGCAGCUGUUUUUAAGGAACCAAUGUUAUAUAUGGUGAAUUUUCUGGAAGACUUUAUGUCUCUUAAAAUAUUUCUUGUAAAUAACAUGACUUUUAAUAGCUGGAAUCUGAGUGGAUUUUCCAUGAGGACUUAAUGUUGUGCAGAAUUAUAAAAAGCUAAAAAACAAAGCUUAAGAAAAUGAUCACCCACAUUUCAGAAUCUUUUGGCUGAGCUGAAAUAGUAGUUCACGCAUUGUAAGUGUUGCUUUUGCUGUGAGAGUAGUCCGGUUUCCUGAACCUCCUUGUGCCAGUGUAUUUUAGAUUCUGUAAAUGUGUGCAGUCCAGCCUGCACUAGAGGAAUAAGAUAAUAUCCUACCAGGUACAAGAUACAAGGCUCCCUAGCAUUGUAUUGUGGUCUGGGAGGUAAGCUGUGUACUGGGAUGCCUGUGCUGCAGUCACUCAGCUAAAGAAAAUAUUGCUGAGCAUAGACACAGAUCUUUGCCCAGCCAUUGUUACCUAUGUUAGAAAGGAAUUCUUGUUCAUCUUGAGAGCAAAUCAGCAUCUAGAGGCUGAUGUCAGAUUUUCAAACAUAGUAGUAUUCUGUUGUUUAACAGUGUAAAUAAUUAAAUCUACUUUUUCCACAAAUAGAAGUGGACCCAAAUUGACAGACUAAUACAUUCUUUGAGCUAAAAUGAAGUUUUGAAAAAGUACCCAAAACAAAAAGGAAUUGAGCUUUGUUCUGCCUUUAUUAUAUUUUAAAAUACCGCUAGAAUCGGUAGUAAUAUAGAAAGUUUCACCUUAGGUUUGAAACUUUAUUUUGUGAAGUUUUGGACAAGUGUAUUAAAAACUUGUGAAGUUUUGGACAAGUGUAUUAAAAUCUCCUGGAAAAAUAGGGUUUCCAAAAUAAACAAUCAAAACUACCUCUGCUGUAAUGCCACUACUGUUCACUGCAGUAACUGUAUAAAGGGCUUGGAAAAAAAUAAGAAUCCUUAUUUUUACACCAGAGAAAAUAUAAAAGCAGCUUCCUCUUUGGAGUUUUUCCAGGAAACGACUUUAUAAAGACAAAUUUAAAUCUUUCUGUUUUCUGUCCUUGAAGGUGGUAAAUAUGGUUGCGGUUUUAUCCAUUUUUAUUGUAAAUGAAACGGAGUUCAGACCGUCCGGCUGUGCGUCAUUUGUUGGAUGGCUGCCACAGACUAAUGCAGACAUCCCACUGGGAGACCAGAGAAGAACUAUACUUUGAUUCACCAGAUUGUGUUAAAUAGUCCAGCUGUUGCGAUUUGAAAGAUAGUUACCUCAGAAGUGAAAUAGAAAUGAACUUGGCAUUUAUGCCUCAAACCAUUUUUAUACUGUUUGGCAAUCAGCUUUUCAGAGGUAGCAUUUUAUAAAAUAACUCUCACCGCUUAAAAGUUCAUUCACUGUAAUGUUCAAAAUGUCCCACCUUUAUAUUAUCAGUAAAAUUAAGCUUGAGUGAUAUGCAGAAUUUGCAUGAAAUAAGCAUUUCCGCCUUCAUUUCAUGAGCUUUGAUUGUAUUCAAUUGAGCUCAGAACCACGUCGAUUAGGGCUCUUUUGGGCAUUAGUUAAUUUGAAUUGCAGCCGAAAUGUUAGCUAGAAUGUUGUUGAAUAUAAUUGGAACGUGGAAAGUUGAUUUUGAAAGGAAUUUCAUUGAAUGCAAACAAUGAUGUGCUUUUUAAAAAUUAGAAUGCUGCACUUUCAUCUCUUGUAACACAGUCUGAGAAAUCACUGAGUCCUGUAAAGUUCAGCGUUGGCAUGGCCAUUGCCAUUGUUCUGAUUCUUCUAGUACCAGUAUGGUUUGGAGUCAGGUCUUUCCUUUUACUAGUAAGUUGCCCCACCUGCUCAGGCCCCACAUUUGGGCUCUCUUGCAGUAGGGGCACAAUAGCUGCUUUCUAAAAGGUCACCCAGGUUGUAUUUGGGCACCAGGCUUCAUAGAGUGGCAUAACUUGGUAUAUUUCUCCUAGCUUUUAUUUUGCUUUUUGGUUUUUGGUUUUGUCUUGAAAUAGCCUUUGAGCACAUAGUCUAAUAUGACCUGUGAAAAAUAUCUAUAUGAAUGGAUCAUAAAUGACAACCAGUAUGUUGUGGUAAGAAAAAAAUAUUGGACAGGAAAUCAAGAUUCCACUAGUUUAGUCCUGUAUCUGCUAUUAACAAGUUGUAUGCUGAUUUAACCUCACUCUUCCUUGGACACUUCAUCUGACAAAUGAAAAGGUUAGACUAGCUCACCAUGGUGAUCCCUGUCAGCCCAAGUAUCCCAUGAUUUUAGUUUUAAUUUAUAAGUGAUACUUGUAAAAUUUAAGUUUUACUUGCAGAUUUUGUGGCAUGCAGGAGACAGGCUGCCAUCGCUUUUUAUAAGUACAGAUUUUUAAUUCCUUAUUGUGGUCUUAGUCCUUAGAUGUUGCAUUAAAGUAGAAAAGUUGAAUAGAAAGACAGUGUAUUACAAUUCCUAUUGAAGUGGUGCAUUUGAGCUUCUGGGAUUUCUACCCUGGGGAGAAGCUUCAUAUUUAACCCUCUGGAACCUGCCACCAUGACUACUAGAGUGAGAACUUGGGUUCUUGGCACCAUCACUGAUGCGGCUCUGUGGCCCUUCCCAUACGAUAGGAAUGAAGGUAGAAUGAGGCCUAGGAGAAAGAAAGGCCUCUCAUUCCAGAAGCAGUCUUGGGCAGCUGCCCGUGGGAGCCAAGAGUGGACCUAGUGAUGUCAAGCCAGGAGGAGCUACAAACCACAGGGGAAAAAUUAAAACUAAGGGAUAGCUUGAAGGGAUAGACUUUUUAUUUACAGAUCUGGAAGAUGGAGAUGGAAACAGGGAUUCAGAAAGAAUGAAAUCAGUAAACAUGCCAAAAACUAGCCUGUAGCCGCCUAUUUCUAGGAGAAGAUGCCUUUGAGAAACAGCAUGCUGUCAUGGAAAAGGCAGAAACAGGGAGACAGGAGCUUCUGACUCUUGUUCUGACUCUGCCACUGAUAAGCUGUGUGGUUUCAGGCCAGUUCCUUCCCCUCUUCAUGCCCCAUCGUCCUCAUCUGUAAAAGGACAGGUCAGACUAGACGACUGCCCUAGUCCCUUUCCACCUUCCACUGGGAUUCUAAGGCAGUGGUCAUUAUCCUUGAGAAACCAGUCACUAUCCUUCCAUGCCUAGAUUCAGAAAAUGCCCACUGCGCCUAGUUCAGUGAUAACAAAGGGGUUCUCAAAUUGUAGCCUAUAAGUGACUUAAUAAUAGAUUAAUCUGCAGUCAAGAAGCUUGCUUCAGGACAGGGAAAUCGUUCUUUGGACUGAGACAAUUCCAGGACAAUUUCAGCCUGAUGAUACUAGGUUUAUGAGUUUUCAGUUCAAUCAACAUCCAUGUAUUGCUGCUGUGGAGCCCAGAGAGCACUUCCUGGAAAUUUUUAGCCCUGAGCUGAUGAAGAAAGCUUUUUCUAGGAUCUGUGCAACACCCCUUCACCUACAGACACACACGAGCAUGGAAACAUCCAUGGUAGUUCUACAGAAGUGAUGAAGGUUAGUAUGGGUUGAUGGAAGUUGCUCACCUAGAAUGAGAGAAAUACUACCUCCUUUGCAUGCUGAAAGCAGUUUGGCUGGCUUACAUAAGAGUGGGCCCAGGCCCAAGAUGGUGAAGCCAUUAUAAUGGUGACUCGACCUGCAGACUUGGAUGGGACUUUCCCUGGAACCUCAGUUGGGCUGCAGCUUUAUUUCCUAGAAUCUCCUCACCUGUUUGUUUUCAGUUUAGAGUUGCCCACAGAUAAAUCUGCAUGAGAUUUAGAAGGUGGAAGUGAAGUAGUUGUCUUAAGAAAAUUUUUUUUAACCCUCGGAAGGUCUGUGUAGGGCAGGCUCUGUUAUAGCUUGUGCAUGACAUUCCUGAUGUGCUGACUCACCUAACUGGCAUGUGGCAGUGACUGGCCCACAGUUUCUCCAGCUCCCCACAUCUCCUCCUCCAGCUUUUCCAAAUCCUGGGGCAGGUGCAUGUGCAGCUCCUUGGGGAAGGCUCCUGCUUAUCCUGCAGAUUGUCUUGCAUCAUCAGGAUUGGUGCUUGUGAGAGACAGAGAGAUAGGUGCAGCUCUAGUUUGUCCCCAUUCUCUGUCACUUUACAGCUGCCUUCCCUCCCAACUGUCAGAACAGCUGACUGCAGGCCCAGUGUCAGACGCAGAGGCAGCAGAUUUACACAGACGGCAUGACUAGUGCCUCCCAUUCCCUAAGGUCUAAUUCCUCUGAUCAAUCCUUAAUAUUACUCAUAGUUGUUCUGCUUCUCCCAUCACAGGCUUUUAAAUACCAGAGAGAGUCAAAACAGGUACCACUGGAGAAACUACACCCCAUUCUGAUUCCCAAAGCAUAGCGGCAGAUGUCUGGAGAAGUAGUUCCUUGGCCGAGGUAGAUGGACAAUGUCAUGAUGCCAUAAUCAGGCAAAAAUAAAGGAAUCUGUCCUCACUACAGCACAGCCUGUCCCCAGGCUCCUGAUUAUUUUUGUUUUUACCACCUCCAAGGAAGACAGAGUGUUUGUCACUUAGGAUGAUGACCAAGCCACACGUAGGUAAUAUAACCCGAUAGCCAGAGGGAGUGGUUUUCAAACAUUUGGACAGAUCUUACAGUACUGGUCAGAAAGUGAAAAAAACAGUGUGGUCUUUGGGUUUGAGGUUUUGUGCCCGUGACCGGGUCAUGCAGGUUACUUUUGCUCAGUAGUUGAUCGUUUGUUCUGUUGUUUUUGUUGCAAGAGAGACAUCCAGACCUACUCACACCCAAACCUUGAUUUCUCCUGCUUCAUUCUGAACCUUUCCGUUUAUUAGUAUUUGUCCAUUCGUUUAGUCCACAAAUGCAUCUGUGCUAGGUGCUGGGGAUAGAAUUGUGAGUAAAGUUAAACAGUCCCUGCCUCGUGGAUGUUUACAUGCUAUUGGAAGAGACAGACAGGAAACAACUGUGGUAAGUCCAACAAGAGAGGUAUUAGGUGGUAAAAGAGCAUCCCCUGCCAGCUCUGACCUGCCGAAGGGGUCAGAGAAUAGUGGAAAGCAGCUCCUGGUGAGGGGCUGGUAGAGCAGUGGGCAGGCACUGGCUGGUAGCUCACUGGCACCUGGCGGAACCCCAAGAGGUGGGAUGGUAGUGUACCGGGUCAUGGUUAACAGCCAGUUCUCAGGGACAAAAAGGCCUGAUCUAGCAUUUUCCAAAAAGACCAGAAAAGUCCGAAAGCCCCAGCCCUGCCUGCUGCAGCUGCCUCCACCUUCAGGCAGCAGCUCAGCAGCCUGAACCUUCGGGUGUUUCAGAGAGAUCUGUUUCCAUAAGGAAAUCCUCACCCAUUCAGCCUGAGGAGCCAUAGCUUCUUGCAGCAGAAGAGACGAGAGGAGGAGUCUGUGGAAAACUGCCUCUGAAAUUUCAUAAGAAAUUUCUCAAGAAACCUGAUUCUCCUUUUAGAAACAUUAAUGGUAACUUAGCAUUUUAGCUUCUACUCUGACUCUUUCUCUGCCCUUGGUCCUACCGCCACCCCCUCCUGAAGUCUGACCAGAUCUCCUCUAGUUGGUAAUGGGAGCAGCCGGCAUGCCUCUCACCUGCCAUCAGUGAUGAGGGGUGAUUACUCCCCUUGUCCACGCAGGCUCCUCAGCGCUACCCUGCAACCAGCCGUACCCAGGGACACACAGGAGGGAAGGGAGUUAACUGGCUCCAUCCAGCUAAGUGAGGGCAGGUGGGGGUCUGGGCAGCAGGCUGUGAGAAGUUCACAGUUUGUCCAUGAGAUUUACACUUCCUGAGAAGAGAAUGCAAUUAAGCAGGUAGGUGCAUUUGGCUUUUUAACACUUCCAUAGUUAAUCGCUCUUUCUCUGCCUUCUUUCUUCUGGCCUUGUGCUCCUAGUAUCAGCUGUGUAAUCCGAUAGCUUCAUUUUUUCUUUUAAAUGGCUGGCAUCUCAAAGACUACUAUAUGCAUGUUGACUAGACUUAGAACAUUUUGGGUUUUAUGUUGGUCUGAAUCCAGAAUAUCAGAGACAACUAUUUUCUCUCUCUGCUUUUUACUUUUUUUGUCUAACUCUUCAUCUCGUAGGCCUCCCAGUAGCACUGGAUGCAGGAAAAAAUACAUUGACGGUGAAAAACAAGCCGAACCAGUUGUAGUUUUAGAUCCUGUUUCUACACAUGAACCCCAAACCAAAGACCAGGUUGCUGAAAAAGAUCCAACUCAACACAAGGAGGAUGAAGGCAAAAUUCAACCAGAAAACAAAGAAGACAGCAUUGAAAACGUGAGAGAGACAGACAGCUCCAACUGCUGAUCCGUAAACCAGAAGCCUGACAUGUUUGGAAGUCCUUUUCAAUAAGCACAUGUUUAGUGUUGUUAUAUUGGCAAGGGCUGUAGACAUUCUGCUCUGGUCACUGUAUUCAGAAUACAGGUUCUUUUCUGGUGUCACUUUUGUAAGUAGCAACUAUAAACAUAAGUAAGCUGUUUAGCAAAACAUACAUUCCUAGUAGGUUUUGGUUUUUUGAUCUUUAUAAAGAUGAGAUUUUUUUUCCUAGUUACUGUAUUAAGUAUGACUUAUUUUAGAAGGUUACAAAAAAUUCAGAUGUUGAUACCUUUUUAGGAAAUGUGCAUACCACUCAUCAAAUGGAAUGCUGAAAGUUUGAGGUGCUUGUACAUAAUCCGAUAAACAAAACUGAUCAACCUAAUGUGAUUUUAAAAGCCCCCAAAGAAGUUUCUGUUUUGGGUCUGAUCCUCUUGAUGGAGAAACUGCAGCAGCGUGGAAAUUGUUGGGUACUGUGGCAUACAAGUUAUUUUCUACAGUAGACUGAGAUAAACUGAAAACUCAGGAGCUGGCAUCAAACUCGUAGUCCCAUAGUCAGUGUUAAUUACACACAUUGUUAACUAUUGGAUGAAAAAUAUGUUCUAUUGAUUGUGUCCAAAGCCUCCCAAGGACCUCCGUGGGGAUGCUCUGGUAGCCUGAAUACAGAACUGAGGUGAAAGUCCAAACCUUGAAUUUUACAGUAAUAAGUUGGUAAACCAUGUGCUCUGUGCUAUUAGUUAAUUAUGUUUUCCCAAAUACUAAUGUGGCACAAGUACCAUAUUUUAUCAGAGUUCUUAAUGUACAGUACGGUGAAGAUAAGUGACAAGCACACAUUUUUCUUGCUUCACUGCUGUUCUAUAUUACACAGGUUUGUUGUUUUUUUUUUUUUAAAAAAGAAAUUAAGCAGUAGUUAGUCUCUAAAAAUACAAUGUUUCAGGCUACCACAGUGAAUAAAUAGAAAUGUAAUCAGGGAUUAAAAAAAAAAAAAAAACUUAUGCAGCUUUUCGAAGUUGAUUGUUUCAAAAUUGGUGUUUAUUUAAAAUAAGUGGUAAUGUACUUGAAUGCACUUUUUAUGACAAUGAUUCAGUAAUGGUAAUUUUACUAUUAAAGAAAGUGAAAGGUUUAGUUUUGUUAGCAUGGCUCAGCAUGUAGCUGUCAGGUGUUUUUCACCUAAGGGCAAAAGAAAAUGAUAGUAAUAAUUGCAGUAGUUGUAUUGUAUUGUAUUUUUGCACGUGUGGUAAGCAUAGGCUUGAAGAGGUGGGUAGGCAGGUACAUGUACUUCCUAAAUUUGGAGAUAAUUAUCUUUCUGUAAGUUCGUUAUGCUUGACUGUUUCCAUGUUCUCCCAAUAAUGAUUUUACAGUUACUUAUCACUUUACUCAUGGGGAAUUAAAAUGUAAUGUUUUUCAACUGUAUCUUUCCUUAACUGGAUAAUACUGCUAUAUGAUAUGCUUACUACAGACUGCAUUAAUUCACGAAACAAAUUCUGUUAUGCUGUAAUUUGAACUCUCCUCACCACAACUUAUUAAAAAGGCACCAAUAGUUUCCCAUUAAGGGUCAGUUGUGGUUAUUAUUAACGUUUCUGGUUUAGUUCCCCAAGCUUGACGUUCUUUAAUAGAAAAUUGUAUACUAUUUGACAACUUUAGUAAUUUUUAAUAGUCCCUAA